AUGAAUAGCAGUAAUAUUCACGUGCGCACGAGUGGAAGUCCGGGCAAUGGCGGUGGCAAUAAUACCAUACCAUCCAUCGUGCGAGUUAAUCAGCAUGAUUCUCGACCUAUUAGUAAUCGUCUUAUGACAUCUAGUCGUGGGGGAAAGAAAGACGACCAUGUGCGGCUUGUAGGCACACAUUAUCAACUUGGAGUCGAAAUUGGACGUGGAGGUUUUGGUGUGGUCUAUGGAGCACUGGAUCUACGUAAUGGACGCUCGGUGGCCAUUAAACAAGUGUCAUUGCGUGAUAUUGACAAGGAUGAAUUGUUAUCUAUUGAGACGGAAAUUAGUUUAUUACGCAAGUUAAAGCACGAAAAUAUUGUCAAAUAUCAUGAUACAAUCAAGACACAAGGUCAUUUGUACAUUGUACUGGAGUAUAUGGAAAAUGGUUCAUUGGCACAAUUUAUCAAGAAAUUUGGAUCACUUUCUGAAACAUUAGUAGCCAUGUAUAUUACACAAGUGUUGAGAGGACUUGCGUAUCUGCAUGAACAAGGUGUGCUUCAUCGUGAUGUGAAAGGCGCAAAUAUUCUGACAACAAAAGAUGGACUGGUCAAGCUGGCAGAUUUUGGGGUUGCAAUUAAAUUGAAUGAGACGCAAAAAGCAAAUUCUGUUGUAGGGUCACCGUAUUGGAUGGCCCCUGAGGUAAUUGAGAUGGCAGGUUGGUCCUCGGCGUCGGAUAUCUGGAGCGUAGGUUGCACAAUAAUCGAGCUAUUGACAACCAAGCCGCCGUAUUUUGACUUGGCACCCAUGGCUGCGCUAUUUCGCAUCGUGCAAGAAGAUCAUCCGCCGCUUCCGCAGCGCAUGUCACCGGCUUUGCACGACUUUAUCAUGAAGUGUUUUAUGAAAGAGCCUCGACUCCGAGCAUCGGCUGAUGAGCUUCUGGCACAUCCAUGGAUUGCGCAAAUUCCAAAGAACAAGGUAGAGCAAAGUACGCAGCUUGUUGCAGAGAGCGUCACCUUGUCCAACGAUCGGGAUGCAGUGUUGAAUACCAUCAAACUAUACGAAAGACGAUCGACUAUUACAGACAUGCUACCGACAGCAACGGGCAAAACCUUGAAUUUUUUGAGUGUCACAAACGAGCAGUCGGACGAAGAUGCGGAGGAUUGGGAUGACGAGUUUGGUGUGGAUUCGAAUAUUAUGCCAUUCAUGCUCAAGGAAGAUAGCAAGAGGAAAGAUAGCGAGCCGAAGUCUUUAGUGGAAGUAGCGCCGACGAAGCCACGGUUUCAAUUGUCUAAAGAAGACGCUAAUGCAUUGUUUGACGACGACAUAUGGGACGACGAGAAGCCCGAAAUUGCGGAUUUUCCGGUGAGAUCGGCAACACUAGAGGUGCGUCACAGUAGCAGUGGUGAUAGUACAGAUCAGAACCAGAAUAAUAAGUCUACGGGGAACUCGUGGGAUCGAUCGUCUUUAAUUCCUGCUCAAAGCCUUAUAGCAAAGCUCCAGCAGUUUGUUGAAAAUUCCGACGAAGAACUGGCUUUUGACGAUUUUGAUGAAGAGGAUCUUUUACAAGCGGCUGCGAAGCAACAGCGUGCCAUGGAGAUUGAUCUUAUGCCCUCUCUUGUCGUUCCAGCAACAAAACCGAGCAAUUGUAUGGAGGAGAACCAUGAGAUGGAUGGGAAUAAUCAGACGGCUAACAUGGUGCAACGCAUCGGUGGCAUUCGCGAUAGUAGUGCAGGGUUGUCUUCAGGUGAGAGUGCGCAAGAGAAUUUGUUUGACGACGAGUUGGACUUCGAUUAUUCGACUGGUCGUGACACGAAUCAGAAGGCAACCGCUCGUGUGGUUGAGCUGUUGUCGUUAUUGGAUCCAAGCAUGGAAGACCAAAUAAUUUUAGAUGCCUGUAAUAACUUGGAAGAGGUAUUCAACCAAAACGCGACGCUGAGACAAGAUCUGAUGUCACAACCGGGCGUUGUACCCAACAUUAUGGAAGCGUUAGAAAUAAAAAAGAUGGACGUGUUGCAUGCUGUGCUCAGGGUUAUCAAUAUUAUUGUGGAGGAUAACAAAAAGUUUCAGGAGAAUUUGGCCCUCGUUGGCGUUGUGCCGGUAAUCAUCAAGCUUACGAAGCAACAUAACCCGCACAGUUUACCAGGUGAAGGCAGCAAAAGGUUUUGCAUGCACAGAGUCGAGGACACAAAGUUUUUCAAACCUGUUCGAAUGGAAGCAGCCAAGUUUUUGCGCCAGUGUUGCAAAACAAGCUCGUUGACACUGCAAAUGUUUAUUGCAUGUGGUGGCUUGCCUGUAUUAGUGGACUUUUUGACGCUUGAAAAGGAGUCAUCCAGUCUUGAACACGAUGUGGACUUGCUUCGGAUUGCAUUAGAUGGAAUAUUUAGCGUUUUUAGUAUCCAGACCAUUCCGAAGAACGAUAUUUGUCGACUUUUUGUCAAAGCAGGGCUGUUAAAAAAGUUUGUGGUCGUCUUUUCCGAGAUUACUGCAGCGAUGUCAGCAAAUGAUACACGUGGGCUAGAAAAAAGUGACAGUGCAAAGCAAUGUACGAAAAGCAAUGCAGCAGUCACUAAGGAUGGAUCUGUAGUUGAAUGGGCCUUGAGGGAGCUUCACAAGACGUGUGAUAUUUUUGUGCUGUUUUCUCAAGGUGAUGCUGUGGUGAAAGAACAUAUGUGUGAUAGUGCUGUUUUGGAAGGCCUUUUGGAAGCAAUCCAUCCAGGGCCGCAGCUUGCUCAUCGAGGCUAUCAGCAAGAAGUAGACCGACAGACGUUACCGCUGAUACGUCACUCAGAUGAAUAUGUUUCAGCAAUGUUGAAGCUGCUGAAGUGCAUUCGAAAUCUGAGCAUGGAGCCUUCAACGCUGGAGAAAUUGGAUCGAGCUGGUGCAAUUCCGACGCUUGUCCGUCUACUGAAUGAGCAAGAGGGAGAAGGCCCUUCAAUCUCAGGUGUAAAACGAAAAGAAGUUGAAAACAUUGUGCUACAGUCUAUGUUCUAUCUCUGCCGGAUUAAUCGUAACCGUCAGACUUACGCAGCACAAGCGGGCAUCAUCCCGUCACUUAUCAAGGUGGUCCAGAAUUCCAGUCCGCUCAAGCAAUUUGCACUUCCAAUCCUAUGCGACCUGGCUCAUGCAUCUCCGACUGCACGUGCUCAUUUGUGGACGUAUGACAGUGUGACUCUCUUUCUGGAAUUGUUGGAGGAUAAGUACUGGCAGAUUGAUGCCGUUAAGUCUAUCAGCGUUUGGCUUGUGCACGACACUGUAAAAAUGGAAAACGUUCUACUGGUUCCCAAAAACCUAAUGAAGAUUGUGGUGUGCUUUUACAACGCUAUGGAUACCGAAUUUGAGAAGGUGCUGGAGCCGCUGUUGGAGAUGAUGACUCGCUCAGUGAGGCUGAACCAGGCGCUUGGACGUAGUGGCAUGUUUGUCACGGAGAUCUUGAAACGACUUCGACUUAUUCCGAAGGCGAUUGUACGCAAGAACUUGCUCAAAAUGCUGAAGUGUCUGUUUGAAUCGCACACAUCACCUACUCAAUUUCUCGUCGAGUACAACCUUCGACCAAUUGUGUAUGCGCUCGCUCAAGACGAGAACAGCAUGAUUCUUGUAAAAGAGAUUGCGUCACAACUUCUUCAAGCCAUUUUGGUAGCGGCGGGCGUGUUUUAG